AUGUCAGAGGUAAAUCCCGUUCUCUUUCAUAGGCGGUUGCGAAAGCUAUUAGACUUUUGGCAAAAUGCAACUGCAGGUGACGUCGAGACUCGUCGGUUUCUGAAUACCGGCGGGCUUCUGUUUGUCACUGGAGAUCAGCAUCACCUUUAUAGCGACACUCUUACUAUACAUCGGUAUCUCCUAGGAAUUGAUUUAUAUUUGACGUUGACCUUCAUCACCCCGGAGAAGGUCACCUUUCUCUGCUCGCCACACCAGGCAAAAAAAUUGAAGCCUCUAGAAAAGAUAAACAAAUCAUUUGGAGCCGAUGUAACAGUGAGCAUACUGGUCAAAUCAAGUCACCCCGGCCCGACUACAAAGGCAGUAAAUAAAUUAAUUCUAGCGAUGGAAAACACGGUUCAAGAUGGCAAGAGGUUGGGAUCUUGUACAAAUGCCAUAUUCGACCGAGAUUACGGGGUCGGUGAAGAGAUGUCAUUUUAUAAUCAGCUUUUGGCCUCAUUUUGA